UCCGUUCACGGCGGCCGCCCGCAAAAAUGAAACUUUUCUCUAACAUCGAGGCUUUCACGGAGACACUGGGGCCCAGGAACGCUAUUGAUGACAACAUGACUCUGAUAUUGAUUAUCCAAAGAAUUUUCGGACAACACAUCUUGAACUCUAAUUGGACGUGGAAAAGAUUUAUAUUGUAUCAAAUCGCAAGCGCAUCUUUGAUAGCAUACGUCGUAUUUGGCACUAAGGAAAUUCUGUCGAACACCACCGUUAUCAAAGCUAUUGCAGAAGCAUGUUACACUUUCGCUAUAAGCGGUUUAAGUACAGUGAAAUACUUGCUUUUUGUGAGAGAAAGGAACACGUUUAGAAAACUGUAUGUCAAAGCGAAGACAUCUAUUCUUGGAAUUCUUAAUGAAGAUUCGCACGAGAAAAUGGUUGAGGUUCUAAAAAAUUCUAAGCGCGUAAUGAUUUUAAUGUUCUCAAUGGUCGCUUUGCCUGUGUCUUCGUAUAUUUUGAGAGCUUUGUGGUUUUACGCUAAAGGGGAGAGGGUAACUUUAUCAAAAACGACUUCUACAUUAUUACCAAUGACGACUCCUUAUUACGAAAUCGCGACAACUUUACAUGCUCUAUUUAUGACAGAAAUGGCAUGUACAUUUUGUGUUAUAGAUAUUUGGUUUAUGUUUCUGCUGAAUCUGUAUUGCACGGCCAGUGAAAGUGUGGUGAAGAUAUUAGAUGUUAGGAAGGCGGAUGGUGAUAAUGAAGAAGAUUAUGCUGUUUAUUUGAAUGAUUGCUUAAGAAAAUUUUAUAAAAGACAUGUACAUCUUGUUGAAUAUCUGUACAUUUUGAACAAAACAUUUAAAUGGCAAGCUUUAGUUCCACUCAUAACUGUUAUCAUUCUCUCUUGUAUUCCGAUGCUAUCAAUGAGUAAAGAGCUGGAUGUGACAUUUGCCACCAACGUAAUGCCAACGAUUGCAGAAAUUUUCGUCUACAAUUGGUUCGGGGAACAGGUCAAAACUAAGUCUAAUGAUCUGCGCGCGGCACUCAUAAACUUCGACUGGGUGGGCUUACAGCUGAGAGAUAAAAAGAGUUAUUAUCUGAUAUUGAGUUUUAUGAGCAAAGAGUUCGGCGUGACGACCGCGGUCGGGAGUGAGUUAUCGCUCAUUACCAUGACAUCGGUCCUUAAAGCUAGCUACCAGGCCUUCACAAUGUUGCAAUCCUUUGAAAACUAAAACUUGGAACAUUUGUCAAGUACUUCUGAGACACUGCUUUAGAAACGGCACAUAUUCAUACAAAGUAACAAUAUUU